GUUUCAGAUUUCUGUCAGUCCGAGAUAAAGUUUGGGGUGCAUUGGCCUCGAACAAAGACCGGCGAGGAAGUGACAGUAGAAUGCUCAUUAGUUGAUUCAAAUUUAACAGGUAUAAUAGCUACAUGUAUUAAUAGACCUUUGUCACUUUACCGCUGGCGCUAUACAUGGUUUUUUACUUCUCUCUUGCAUUGUCACCACCCAUUCUGUAGGAUGUAUUCAAAACCAUAUUACUUCUUUACGCUGUACCAUUCUAUAAAUUUUAAUGCAGUUAUUCAUAUAAUCAUUGUCUGAUCUGUUUUGUCCAACGCGGCUGACAGUCAAGCUUAAUGUGUAUUAUUUUUUCGGUUAUUAUAUAGAGCAAAGAGAUCAAACUUUGCCGUGUGGUUUCUUCACUUAUAGAUUAACCUAAAAUGCGGUAAGAACAAAUAAGUGGGUAUCGAGCGAGCGAGGUGGUCCUCUUCACUGAUCUGUAACUGAACAGAAAAAAAUAAAAUGACAAAAAAUAGGAUAUACUUGUUGCAUGUAUGUAUACUGAAAACAUAACCUCACACAGGCCACACAGAGUAUCCACAUUACAGCUUGGUGACGGUAACGGUACAGUCGCUAAUCAAUUACCACUCAACUUAAUUUAUAGGCGCAUUUAGUAGUGAGUGCGGAACUAAUAGGCAACCUGGGACAACUUGGUUUCACAAGAUCACGUGUGGUUGUGAACGAAAAGCCUUAGUGGAUUAUUUCAGACAAAAGGUAGGACAUUACUACAGUUGUUUUAGAUAAGAGAAUAGGUGUAUUCAAUUACAUUUAUCAGGACUGAGAAAUAUCAGUUCCUCACAAAUCAAAAACACCUGACGUUAAUUAAUUACACCAUCCUGCUAAUACACUGUAUAAGACUCUUCCAUGGGGACGUCUGGUUCUGACCCUUCUCGAAUUUGCAAGAGAGGGCAUUUAAGGCUUGGUUUGUCAUUUUUGGCAUACUUGAUGACCGGGUUCUCCACCAAUCGUAUAGAGCCUUUUUGGGAAAUUUGUAAAUAAAGGACAAUUGGUUUGUGAUUUUCGGUGUACUUGAUUAUCGGGUUCUCUACCAGUCGUAUAAGGUCCAUUUUGGGAAAUAAAAAUAAUGGACAAUUGUCACGCUGAAUUUUGGGUGUUAUAAACCUAGAGCUGUCAUCAGUAAUGUUUCGGCAGCUCAGUGCCUUAACUUAACGAAGCCAGGCAACCAGAUAACAUUCUAGCGAUAUUUUCUUGCUUCCCAUUUCGUACCUUAAAGGCAUUUUUUAUUCAGGACCAUAACCGGCAGACGGCAUUGACACGGCAAUUUAUCCGCGAUCGCAAUGGGAAAGCGAGAACAGCUACUCCAGGAAACUUGCCUUCAGUAAAUGUACAAGCUUUGUAGGACUAUCUUGAGAGUUUUCUCCGAAAAACUUUCUCAGAAAAAGAAACAUCGUUUUUGUGGAUAUUAGUUUUCCAUUCAGGAAUGUUUUUUUUUUUGCCUCUUGCUGGCUAUGGUAUUUCAGUGCAUCGAUGUAUGAUACACGACCGUAGCUUUACGUUAACAGAACAGUAUUCUUAUUCAAAACUAACAAUAUAAUUCUUUGCUCCAUACCUAUCAAUUAUAGAACUGUAUGCGCUUAUUGCAAACGAAAUAAUAGUAGUGGAAUUCAUCAAGUUUUGCAAUUAUUCCACAGAAACAAGAAAAAACUUUCUCUUUAUUCAACUUCCAAGCUCACAAGACAACGUUGGCUAAUCGUGACAGGAGUACUGAGCAAUGUGGGGUGACCUCUAAUCAACCUGUCAUAAUUAUUUCUUGCACUUUAAGAUUUUAACUUUCUGCUUAAUGGCCGUAUGGCUAGUUGAUUGGCUGAGUCAUUUUAGAGAACGGGGACGUUUACUAUGGGCGCGUUUAAUUCACCGUGUCCCGGAAUAAGAGUAACGGUCAAUAACAUCAUUUGGUUACAAAUCUCGUUCAACAUGAUAUAAUUAACCGAUGGGAUGUUAAAUUCACCUUAACACUGUAAUUCCACCAGAUUUGGAGAUGUAGCGAUACAAUGAAAGCCUGAAUAAAGGAUUGCUAGGGCUUAUUCUUAUUUUUCUUGCGGAAAACUGUUAAACAAACACGCCCGACAUUGGCUUUUUUUCAAAAGCCAAGAAUAAUUAUGUUCUUUUGGUGCAAUCUUUUUUUCUGUUACAGAUUCAGAGAAUUAAUACCACAAAUAUAGUGAAUAUAUCUACGGAAUUUGUGAAUUCAUAUGACAGAUUCAAGAACAAAGACGUUUUACUUGAGAUGAUAAAUGAUCUGUUUUCUACUGUAAGACGAGUUAUUUCUCCAAUUACAAGACGUAAUUCGGAUAAGGCCGCACAACUUGGCGAGGUAAGAAGUAAGAGAAAACUUUAAGGGGCUGGAGCAUAAGGUAAUUAUCUAUACUUAUAGAGUCAGAGACAGAAGGCAGCAACAAACAUUGAGGGAAAAUUAUUUGGAGAAUUAUUACAGCCAAAAACAGCAAUAACAAGAAAACAACUUACAACAAAAGCCGCUGUGGUGAAACUGUUGACUAAAUUUGAUUUUUUUCUGAAGCAAUUUAUACAUAACUAAAGCAAAGAAAGAUUGUUGACUUUAUUGAAGUAGAAACAUUUGCUUUAAGAUCCCUUACUAUUCAUUAUUUUUUUGUUUUAUUCAAAAUUAGUAUGGGUAAUCAAAUGGUGACGAGUGAAGUUAGGGAAUAAUUUCACGAGUAUACCAUUUGAUUACCUAUUAAUAUCAUGGGUGACGAAUUACGUUAGUAAUGUUGGAUUUUUGACUUGUUUAUCCUGGAUCGCAUCGAUCGAGAACUUCCCUCUCUCGAACGUUUAGAGCUUAAAUUUGGCUUGAGUUCAGACUUUUUCAACAAAAUACCUGUUAGAAUCCUUCUUGAUGUGCUCUUUCGUGUGUUCAGGUUUUUUAAGGCGUCUUUUUAUGCCCUGGCAUCUUCCUUCAUGACAUUUUGAAACUUCGUCGCCAUCUUGACACUGAGGCGUAUGGAAGGCUGCCAUGGCAAUUUUGUAAUUUCACAUGUGAAAUUACAAAUUAUCGUUGAAAUUUCGCGCCAAAAUUAAGGAGUAAUUCGUCACCUAUGAUAUUAUUAUUAUUAUAAUAAUAAGCUAUCCUUGUCCAAAAAUCUACAGUUUUCCUUUUGGAAAAACAAACGGAAAAAGAAUACUAGGAUCAAUUAACCUACUCGAUAUGAUAAAUCUAGGAAAACCCGAUGAUCCUGUAAUAAGUUAAUAAAUGAUAUUCCGAUGGCAAAUGAUCUCUCACAAUCACACGAUCCAAAGUUAAACGAGAAGUUGGGAUUUGGUCAUAUCCUAUAAGAUGGUCACCAUCCAUGUGGCACUUAUAUCAGCCAACCGUCCCUUAAUUUUUGAAAAACAUGUCUUAAAAAAUAGGAUGGACCAAAAUUGGAGGAGAACAUGUAAGUGGCAUCCUUCUCCCUGCCACAAUAUUUUAUUUGGAUUUUCUUUCUUUUCUCAGAAUGUGUAAAUUUCACUUGAAUUCUAGUCAACGUAUGUCCAAAUUGUGAGCAACUACCCUUUUCUUUUAUAUGAAAGGUUCCCACGACAUGAAGACAUAGAUUUUAAGCAGAUCGUAGACGAAAGCCCACAUGAAUUUUAGUAUUUGAGGUGCAGCUUUUUCUCAAUCAAAAUGGUGCAACUAGAAAAUAUUCAUGCCUCGCUCUUUCUAAACUUUCAGUUAUGGCUAAAUACAACCGCAAAGAUAAAGCGCAUUAGUCAAGUAUAAAUACUAAAAUUUAAGAAGUUUCUUUCAAUUUUUUAACUCAGUCUGAAUUCUUUAUGGCUCUUAUUUACUCGGCAGCAAAUCAGAAAACUCUUGCUUAACGAUAGUGCCUUUUACGUAAGUCAUUAUGACGGGAACGUGUAUUGUCAGCAGCGUAAUUUGGUAAGCGCUCUUUGUUUUCAAUAUGUUAUUUACCUUUAUGUGUAAACUUAAUAAAAUAUCGAAAUUUUACGCUUUUUUCACUUUUUAAGCUCUUCAGCGAUGUCUUAAUCAAAAGACUUUCUCUUGUUUUCCGCUAAAAAUUAAACUGGUCGAAACGUUAGUCACAGUGAACUACAUUCAGGACGAUCAAUCAUAUCUUACCUACUUAUGAAAUGCCUUCUGAAUCUAGCCAAUAACUAUGAAACUGCUAUAAUUAUCGCUUGUUCAUUUCUUCAGGCUCAAACAAGGUAUAACCUUAUUAGCAGAGUUUUGGAAUUUCUCCGUACAGCUCCAACCGACACUCAAGCUUACGCCAUGGGUUUAACAAAUGUGCCAAGCAACAUGAUAAACAAUCCUGGGUAAGUUUUACAAACAAUAAGCUGACGAGAGAUAUAGUGCAAUUUCGUGAAGAAAAUAGGUGGCUAGUAGCGGAGCUCCACGCGCACUCGAUCCGAGCCCAACAGCUAAGAAAAUUUGGUUAUCUAUCCAUUCGAGAAAUUUUGGUAGUCACGUGACCGUACGUCCGUCCGACCGACCAGGUAACCAAUGCGAAAUGUCACCUUUUCUGGCUAGUGUGUUCAGUUGAAAGCUGUUAAAACAGGAUAUCCACUGACCAAUAUCACAUGACCGUAUCGCUGGCUCAGUUGUCGACCCAUCGAGUUUUUUUGAAGUUAUCUUCAAGAUCUUUAGAAUAACUUGUCAGAAAUCGUCAACUGAUGGUUAUCACACCGUAAUGGAGUAGUCAGAGAAUUGAUACCGCCUCUUAAUGUCCCUUUUGGAGCCACGACAUGACAAUUACAAAUUGGUCAACUGAAAACUCUAUUGUUCUAGUAACAUUUUCUGGGUGAGUAGAGAGGAAAAUAACUGUAAACAACAACUACAACAUCAACAACAACAACAACAACAACAACAACAACAAAAAGUAGACCAAAAAAGUAAAAAAGUACCCCUGUCAUUUUCGUAUUGGUAGUCGCCCUCAUUUACUUGCAAGAUUGACCCUGGGACAAAAAACUUGUUAAUGGCCGUUUUCUCACUAGAGACGCAUAAUCCGCCUUCAAAAUCCCACCCUGAAAAUCGUCAAAGUUGUCGGGAAAACAGGUGGAUAAAGUCGUGCUGAUUGUCCAUCCAAAGUUAAGACUAUGGUAGUCUUUAAACUAGAGCCUAAAUAAGCUAAGAAAUAAUUCAAGAUAAGUAAAUUUUAAAUUCUUCAAGUAAAAAAGAGCUUCACACACAACCUAUCUUUCUUAUUUCAGGUUUACUUAAGCGUAUUUUACUACGCAACAUAUAUAAUUAAGAUUGACUGACGUCCUGCUUCGCCCUUCUCAAAGCUCAGAAACCGCAAGUUCGCUAAGUCGGUUUUAAGGAUGGUUUUCAAGUCACUUGAAACUUUCUUGAAUCGUUUCAACUUUCCGACUUUAAUGAGAUGCAAACUAAAGUUACUUGAGCUCGAGAUCAUUUUUACUUAGGCCUUCACACACGCAUUUUUGGUUAAAUAAAACUUAGCAGCUCUUAAGUCUUACUUAACAGCCUAGUGUAAAGACAACCAGUUUCAUUUUCAAAUUAAGACGCAUUUUCUGUCUGACGCGAAUUAUUUAACGCAUAACCUGUCUCAGACGGAUAAUCCGUCUCUAGUGUGAAUACGGUCAAUAAUACACAGAGAAUCUUAAGUCAAAGAGCCAUUAUACGCUCAUUAAUCAUUUAGCAUGCACAUUGGUUAGAUUCAAAAGUCUUUGUGAUGCGGUAAUCUUAUUAUAAAAUUUUAGCUAAUGAUAUUCUCUUUUAUAUUAAUAGAAGUUUUUUUGUUAUAUUUUCGAAUACAGGGUACUAGAAGUAAAACUAGAUCCGCAACCGGGUAAUUAUAAAAAAAAUUUUGAAGACGAUAUCCACAAUGCUGUUAUUGAAAGAAGAGAGCUCAUCAUGAUUAUGCAGCUAAAUAGUGCGCCAUUGGUUACUCAUGAGGCUGUUAAAGAUCCCUCUGCAAGGCCUUUAAACCCGAAGCCAACUGCCUUUAAGGUUUUGACUGAAGUCCCUCAAAAGUACAACACUACAAGUAAGGAGGUAAUAAUAACUGAAAAGGCUUUAAAGUUAGGAAUGCCUCAUUACUGCAUGCAUCAUUUCUAUAUAAUAACAUUGCAUUCAACUGGGUACUAGGCCAUUUGCAUGAUGUAAGCGUAAUCUUUGAUACUACUAGUGUCAGAAUCCACUUUGUUUAUUCCUUUCACAUUUAAAUAUGGUAAUCAAAGCUAGAUAAUUAAACAACUUAAGCUCUAAUUUUUAAAAGAAAACAAACUCUUGAAGGAUUCUGGUAGUAGUAGCAGGAAAAUGACAUCAUCGAGCAAAAGGCAAACACAAAUUUUCUCAGGCAACGCCUGCUGUAUGCGUAUUUUGUCUUUAGUUCUUUUUGCCUCUUAGGUUCUUUAAACUAGACAUCACCCACGGUAAGUGUUAA